GAACGUGUUUUGAACUGGGUUAGUGGUGUAAGCAAUUCUGGUGGUUUUUAGAUCAUUUCGCUAUGGCAGGAAAAGAAGUGUUUACAUUGAGAGAGCUGGAGAAUAUGUCGUCGGAUGAUUUAUAUGCAUUAUUUGAGAACAUUCCUUCGGCUGGCGAGUCAGAUGAACAGAGUAACGACCAACCAGACCAACCUGUAAGAGUCGACAAUUCUGAGAAUAUUGCUGGUGAUGAAGCAUUCUCAGACGAGAAAGACAAUAUUCCUCUUUCUAUUUUGAGGGAAAGAGAACUAGGGAAAAGGACAACCCGGACCAAAUCAACGGCAUUUUGCGUUACUAAUAUCAAGCAGUUCACUGAGGAAACGGGACCUAAAAUUCCAAACGAUCUGGAGAAACCAGUAGAUUUUUUUUAUACUUGUUUCCCAGAACUCUUAAUUGAUAAAAUUGUUUUUGAAACAAACUCUUCCUUUACCCCAACUUCUGCGAAAGAGAUUGAAAUUUUCAUUGCAAUGAAUAUAUUGAUGGAAAUCAAAAGGUUGCCCAGUUAUGUCGAUUACUGGUCAUCUAGAGAGGAAUUACGAGAUCACUACAUAAGUUCAGCAAUGUCUAGAGAUCGGUUUGCUUGGCAUCUCGGAAAUGUGCAUUUAGCAGAUAAUUCAGUGAUGCCUGGCCGCGACUCGCCAAAUUAUGACAAGUUGUAUAAAGUUCGCCCUUUAUUGGAAACUUUAUCUGAAACCUUUCGUUCUUCAUAUGGCCCUUCAAAACGUCCAUCCAUCGACAAAUCUAUGAUUCGAUUCAAGGGUCGCAGUUUUCUAAAGCAGUUUUUGCCCCUCGAGCCCAUCAAACGAGGUUAUAAAGUCUGGGUUCGAUCCGAUGAGAAUGGAUAUGUUUGCCAAUUUCAAAUAUAUGUUGGAAAAACUAAUAAUUAA